AUGGUACGAAGAGAGCAUGGAGACCCAAACAUUGAUACAACAUAUCCAUCUCUAUGGGAGAAGUGUGUCCAGGGAGAAGAAACGACAUACCGGCAUGCUAUAACGGGUUUUACUCAAGCCGCACCUCUCCCCAGCGUUAGUGGAGGCAUCCUAGCUGAUGAAAUGGGACUCGGGAAGACACUCUCUACUCUUGCACUCAUCUGCCAUCACCUCGAUAAGAUACCGAAUAUCUCGUCGUGCCAGACCGAUGCAAUGACCAGGGUUUCUCUGGUAGUGGCACCAAAGUCGACAAUCUUUGGAUGGCAGCAUCAGAUCGAAACGUACGCAUCCCACCAGUUUAAAAUGGCCCUGACGCAAGCUGAACGUAGCAGACAUAUCAAACCCGGCAAUAUACGGAGUCUCGUGUUUCUUGGCCCCACACGACACCAAUUUAUCUACUCACUGCCCAAGUUGGACGUAGUUCUUACUACAUAUGAUACUCUUCGCUCAGACUGGAUGUCUAACGGCCCGCUAUACAACUUUACCUGGGCUAGAGUCAUUCUGGACGAAGGCAAGAAGAUUUCCCUAUAUCUCUUUUUCUUACUAAUGAACGAACUAUCAGCUCACAAGAUUCGCAAUUGCUCAACAAAGACUUUCCUCGCAGCAUCCGCACUCCGCGCCCGGUCCCGUUGGUGUCUAACUGGAACCCCGAUCCAAAACUCGCUUGAUGAUUUCGGGUCUUUAUUGGCGUUCAUACGAGUUCCCCCUUUCACAUCGCGCGACCAGUUUCGUUUUUGGAUUUCUUCGCCCAUUAUGCUCAACCAACAACGAGACAUGAAACAGUUGCGAAAACUCGUGGCUGCCACUUGUUUGCGCCGCACCAAGCUGCGCUUGAAUACGGCACUCAACUUGCCAAAGAAGACAGAGCACAUUGAGGUUGUGGACAUGACACCCGAGGAGAGAUGCAUCUACGACUUUUUUAUGAAGAGGUCCUAUCUACUGGCUCAUGAUGAAUCCAAAAAGGUCCAGGAGAUCUCUGCAUGCGAUGAUGACCAUCCCAAAAAGAGGCAAAAAAAGAAUGCGUACAGUGUCAACCAACAGCUUACGACCCGCAGCAGAAGUGGUCAAAAUCCUGUUGUUCUGAUUUCGAUCUUGCGGUUGAUUUGCGAUCAUGGAGAGGCACUACUUCCAACCAUCGCUCUAAAGGCAUGGCAAAACCGAGACCCGGGGGAAAUCACGUGGGACUUUCUUCAAACAACGGCUGAAAAAGAUUCGGACGAUGUCUUCAAUGUUGAAGAAGCUGAAAACGCAACAGAGCUGCAGGACGCACAUACGCUGGAAAAUGCAAGGAAAGGUGGCGCCGAUGGAGGUAGUAUUACUCAAGAACGAUCUGUAUUGCCGAUUCAUCCUGCCAUCUCGACGGGAGAAGAACACUCGCAUACAAAGAUAAGGAGGAAAAACGUCGGCCAAAAGUUUUCUCCAUCAUCCAAAGUCUCAGCCGUGCUUCGGAACAUACUGCACACGCUUCCAAAAGGGGACUCUUGCGAUAAUCAUAUUCCCCCAGUCAAGAGUGUGAUAUUUUCGAGCUGGAUCGGCAUGCUUGAUCUAAUUGGUAGCGCUCUGAUUCCGCACCUUUCCUCCUACAAUUUGACCUACGCCCGCCUGGACGGCAGCUGUGACUUGCAACAGCGCCGCAACGCCAUCAUCAAAUUUGUAAAUGAUGACAGAUGUGUUGUAUUGUUGGCUACUGUCGGUGCUACAGGUGAAGGGUAA